CAAACAUCUGCAGCGGUCCCUCUCUUCCUCCAGCUGUUUGUGUUCAUUUCCUGGUCAGCUGAUUCUGACGGAGCAAAGACAAGCGGACCGCUAGCAUCCGUAAAGACAAUCCUGUCUCAUCGUCCGGACAGCAUUUGAAAUGAAAGUAACAACACCGUGAAGGAGCCACUCCAAAGCCUGAAACCCUGGAUUAAUACCCGCGUCUCUGUGUGUUUGUGUUUGCUGGCAUCGGUCAUCGGAUCUUGUGGGAAACAGCAGAGCGAGCCCUGUCCCCUGCUUCUCUUCACCUCUGUUUACUGGAAAGUUCCUCUCCUCUCCUGGCUACUGAAAGGCCUUUUUCCAAAUCGCAGUGCCAGAAAAGGACGCUGCUGUGAAAGCCACAGUGUCAGACUGAACUGGAUUCAAUGAGUGAGCCAGAUCGGGAGGAGCAGCCGGAAGACAACAUGCCCCCCAAGUUUAAACGACAUCUCAAUGAUGACGAGGUCACGGGAUCCAUUCGCAGCGAGAGGAGGAACCUACUGGAGGAAGACUCGGAUGAGGAGGAAGACUUCUUUCUGAGAGGACCCACAGGACCCAGAUUUGGACCUCAGAAUGACAAAUUCAAGCAGGUGCAGUCGCAGGUUGAUGAGGUGAUCGAUGUGAUGCAGGAGAACAUCUCCAAGGUGAUAGAGAGGGGCGAGCGGCUUGAUGACCUGCAGGACAAGUCAGAGAGCCUAUCGGAUAACGCGUCUGCCUUCAGUAGCCGAGCCAAACAGAUGCACAGGAGGAUGUGGUGGAGAGACAUGAAGAUGAAGAUGAUUAUUGCCAUGGUAGUUGUUGCUCUCCUGCUCAUUAUCAUCAUUCCAGUGAUCCUGCGAUAUCGCUAGUGUCUGACGAGGAGGAUGGGGCAGAAUCCUCCUCUUCCUCUUCUUCUUUUCUCUCUCUCUCUCUUUUGCACACAGUCCUCCACUCCAGCUAGGGGGCGCCAGCCAGCCUCCCACACCCUCCUCAGUGUCAGCCUGUGUACCCUCAAAGAUAUGGCCUCAACUUGCCCUUAGUACAGAUCUUAUUAUUGGUAUUUCCACAUAAAUCUGCUGUGAGAUCAGUACUAAGGCUCGGUUAGACCCUUGGUUUGAAACUAAGCUAAAGCAAGGGGACACAGAAGACUUGUGGGGAUAUGUUAGUGCAGUUUGGGAGAAAACGCUGUCUCUUACCCCCUUUAGUCAAUGUGAAGGAGUUCUCCAUGCCAUGAUGCAUAUCACACGUAGGGCCCUGUCCUGCACAUUUCAUCAUAUAGAUGGAUACUGUAAAGGCAGGUGAUCCAUACCAACUGUCUCUCUUAGUUUAGCUGAUCUGGAUCUGCUGCAGCAGCCUCAUAUAAAGGGGGCUUUAGCAUUUAGUGAAUGAACCUCAGAUGUGUAUCCAUGAUUCCUUGUGUGCCGUCUUCUCACCGCCUGAGGAGGACGGCGUUUUAUAGGGAACAUUUUGCGAGCACAAGCACACUGCACCGUUCAACACAAGGCUAGAGAACAUCUGAGGCUCAUCUUCGUAGUCAAAAUUGGCUUCUUUUAACCAUCAAAAAGGCUUUCUGACAGUAGAGUGGUUUCACUUAUCAGGUAUUCUUCUUCAUCAGUACAGAUGAUUGGAACAGGGCCUGAAGAGGAAGGUCAUCUGUUUAGACAACAUCACACUUUCUAUCUUAAUUAUUCUACUACAUAAAUCGCCGCUUUCCAUUUCGGUCUGCUUCUUGAUGGCUUGUCAUUCUGUACAGUCAAACCAAAAACAUCCAGGUUAUGAAUGUCUCCUCGGCCCUCUACGCUCUUCACCGCUCACCUUCCUCCUGGGUUGUGUCGAGCUCUGGGCCGGAUCGGUCACGGCUGUCCUACUUUCCCGCUAGAGACAUGAACCUGUCUCCAACUCUGCACAUGCUUCUGUUUUGUUUUUAAUACUGCUUCUGUCCUUUUCCACUAUUUUUCACUAUUUAUCUACUUAUUUCUGCUGGUUGCUCAAUGUGAUGCUCGUAUGGAUGCCGGCACCCCCGUCGCCACUGAAGGGACAGUUGGGGUCUCUACUGUUACAUUACUAUGAAGCAGGGGGCGUUACAGUGACGCAAAGUUGAGCUGUGAAUCAAACGUCAUUGUGACUGCAUUAAUUAACUGUAAUACAUUGAAACUCGACAUUGUCAUUUUAUUAUUUUGAAUGUAAUUUAUUUUUGCUGUAAAUAUUGAUUAUGUAAUGAUGUACAAUACUCUGGCAUUGCAUUGGAAGACUGUGAUACACGGAUCCUUUUCGCUCUGAAAUAAAGUGAUUUUUAAAGGGCA